AUGAAGACAGAUCAUGAAGUCAGGCUAAAGUUUCAACUGAUGGAGGCAGCCUUGAGAGCUCUGACUGAGCCAGGUACUGCAGAAGAUGGCACCAUUGACUCUGUCAGCCAGGCAGAUUCCAUGAAGUCUGGAGUUAGAAGGAACUCCUUCUAUAUCUAUGACAUUGCACUGUACCAACACUAUAUCGAGAGAACCUGCCAGCCACCGAGAAUUAAUAAUGGAAACUUAAUGAUGCCAAAGAGAGUUUACAGGGAGAAUGAACAAUUGCAGUUUACCUGUAACGCAGGAUAUACAUUCUGUGAAAGCUCUGAUGCAGAGUGUACUAAAUAUGGAUGGCGUCCAGAACCAUUUUGUAAAGAAAUUAGAUGCGAUCCUCCAACAGUGGCUAAUGGAACCUACCAUCCCAAAAAGAGUUUGUUCAGAGAACUGGAAGCAAUCAGAGUAGACUGUAAUCCAGGAUUUCACUUUGAAACAGGCAAUAGGGACAGAAGAGCGGAAUGCACAAAGAAUGGCUGGUUACCUAUUCCAAGAUGUAUUGUUAGACCCUGUGACUACCCACAUAUAGAAAAUGGAGCACUGACUGAAUAUUAUGAAUAUUACAAAGAACAAGCUUUUCCAGCACAGUUAGGUGUGGGAAUUUACUACAGAUGUCUUGAUGGUUACAUAUCUGAAAGAGAGGAGAGAUGGCCUCUGAUCAGAUGUACUAAAGCGGGCUGGUCUCCUGCGCCAAAAUGCCUUAAAAAGUGUUCUCCUGGUUAUUUGGAAAAUGGUAGAUUUCUGUCUAGCUAUUGGAACACCUACAAAGAAGGUGAUGAAAUUUCAUAUGUGUGUUCUCCUCAUAAUCUGGAAGCCAAAGUUACAUGCACAAAGAAUGGCUGGUCACCUACUCCAACAUGUACUUCCAAGAAAAUCUGUGAAAAAGUUGAGAUACAGAAUGGUUAUUUCUCUGAAAGUAAGAACAGAUUUAAUUUAAACGAGGAAGCAAAAUAUGGGUGUCAGAUUGGUUACACAACUCCAGAAGGAAAUGAGUUAGGAAAGACACAGUGCCUUCGAGAAGGAUGGACUCCUUUACCAAAGUGCAUUAAGACAUGUAGGAUGCCUGCUUUUCAGCAUAUUCAUUUCUACACCAGUAAAAUGGUGUUUUUGCCUGAAGACAUACUGGAAUAUGAAUGUGCAGAUGGAUACCAAACUGUAAAUAAAAUCUCAAGGGGGCACACAAUAUGUAGCAUAAAGGGAUGGACUCCAGAGCCCCAAUGUUUUGCAAUAGAAUGUGAGAUGCUGAUGCUGCUCCAUGGAGACAUUUUCCCCAAGAAGGACAAAUAUCUUAAUGGAGAUGUCAUGACAUUUUCCUGUGCAAAACGUUACACCAGGGUAGGACCUGACUCUGCUCAGUGCUAUUACUUUGGAUGGUCCCCAGCACCUCCGACAUGUAAAGUGGAAAUCAAAGCUUGCAGGCCACCACCCAGCAUUACGAACGGGAAUAUUAUCAGUGACCUUCAAGAAAAAUAUCAGCAUGGUGACUCAGUGGAAUAUGACUGCAACCUCAGAUUUAAAAUGAUCGGAUCAAAGAGUAUAGAAUGUGUUGAUGGAGAAUGGUCACCUUCACCCUUUUGCAUUGAAGAGGAAAAAACUUGUUUACCACCCCCCAAUAUUGUCAGAGGGAGUGCCUUCAGUGUAAACCAGAACCAAUAUUUUCAUGGUGAUUUUGUGGAGUAUGGCUGUGAAGGAAACCUUGAAAUUGUUGGGACAAAUAUCAUAAAAUGUCUUAGUGGAGAAUGGACAUCUUUACCUUCAUGUGCUGAUCCAUCUGUGAAAUGUGCACUGCCAAGGAAUCUUGAGAAUAUCAGAUUUUUAUCGGCUUACAAUUUUCAGAAGAGUUUCUAUCACAAAGAUGUUAUAAAAUACAGAUGUAAUUCAGAUGUCAAGAAACUUAAACAAACAGUCUGUGAAUAUGGGAAAUGGUCACCCAAGCCAGAAUGCAUUGAGAAUAAAAGAAAAUGCCCACUUCCCCCUCAGCUACCAGGAGCCUCCAAGAUAACAGAGAAAAGAAGCUAUGAGACUGGUGAAAAAAUAGCUUUUAUGUGUCUGGAAAAUUUCAGGCUUCAUGGAAUGAAAGAAAUAAUGUGUCAAGAUGGAAAAUGGCAGUCACCACCAUACUGUGUUGAAGAAAAAUCAUGUUUGCAACCAUAUCCCAUAGAAAAUGGUGAGAUUUUAAGUCUAGAAAAUCGAAGCUUAAGAAUGGAGAAACUGGGACCAGUGACUUAUCCAAAUGGUGCGACAUUAAAGUACAGCUGUAAUGUAGGCUUCAUGUUAAGAGGCCCAUCAGAGAUAACUUGUAAUAUGGAAAAAUGGACCUCAUCGCCUGCCUGUAUUGAAAUGCCAUGCAGAGAGGCACCAGAUGUCCCCCAUGCUUAUACUGAAGGUAGCAUAAAGACUAAUUAUGAACCUGGUGAAACAGUGCGUUAUCAGUGCCACCCAGGUUUUAUUGCUGUUGGACCACAGGAGGUAACAUGUAAAAGAGGGCAAUGGACCCAGCUACCGGAAUGCCAAGAUGCAACAUGUGGAGAUCCACCUGCAGUUGCCAAUGCUGAGAUCUUAGACCAUAGAGACAGAAGGUAUUGGCCUGCUGAAAGAGUGCAGUAUAAGUGUCAUGAAGGUUUUGAAAGUCAUGGACCAAAUGAUGUCACCUGUAUAAAUAAGGAAUGGUCACAACCUCCAACUUGCGAAGAUAUGAUGUGUGGACCUCCACCUGCAGUUACUAAUGCUCAGAUUCUAGGGUAUGGAAACCAAAGGUAUUUGCCUGGUGAGAGAGUGCGCUAUCGAUGUCAACAAGGGCUGAGCCUCAUUGGGUCACAGACAGUGACCUGUCAGAAGAAAAAAUGGUCAGAACCACCAGAAUGCAGAGAGUCUGCUGGAAAGUGUGGGCACCCACCUGCUAUUGAUAAUGGAGACGUCCUGGUCUUCCUACAGGAAGAAUAUGACUCAGGUUCAAGAGUGGAAUACAAGUGCCAAAGUUUUUAUAGAAUGAAGGGAUCUGCCUUUGUUAGCUGUGAGUCUGGCCAAUGGACCAACCCACCGGUUUGCUUAGAGCCAUGUACAAUAACCUCAGAAGUUAUGGAGAAAAACAAUAUUAGGCUGAAAUGGAGCUCGAAAACAAGAUUGUACUCAGAAAGUGGAGACUUUGUUGAAUUUGACUGUAAAAAUGGAUAUGUGAAGGAUCCAACAUCUUCUGCAUUUAGAGUACAGUGUGUGGAGGGGAAACUGGCAUAUCCUAAAUGUAAGAGAGAAGAGUUAUGUAUAACAUUCCCAGAAGAUAUGGAGAAAAACAAUAUUGGGCUGAAAUGGAGCUCAAGAACAAGACUGAAUUUACGAAGUGGAGACUUUGUUGAAUUUGACUGUAAAAAUGGAUAUGUGAGAGAUCCAACAUCUUCUGCCUUUAGAGUACAGUGUGUGGAGGGGAAAUUGGCAUAUCCUAAGUGUAACAGAAUAGGUACUUCAGAAUGAAUAAAAAGAAGCAUCAAGCAAAUAAUUUUAACCCAGAUCUGAGGAGCAGAAGCCAUUAACCAGUUUUUGUAAUGUUCACACAUUAUGCCUGUCAGUAUUUUAACCUAGACUGUCUGAAUUGAUACAUGUAAUUACUACUUUUGUCACAGUGUAUAUUAAACUAAUCAUAAAAUAGUAACAAGAGAUGGGCAAAAAGUUCCAAACUACAGCUUUUUUUAUGAAAAUUGGAAAAGGAAGCUUUAAAGGAAAUUGUACACAUGGCUGCACAUCUUGAAUUACACACUGUUGAAACAGAAAGCUGCAGUAUUUCUUUCUGGCCCAGAUCAGGAACUCCUAGAUUUCUCACAAAGAACCUUAAUCUUGAGAGGCUUGUAGCCCAAGUGCUACAACUGGAGGUUUGUUUAUGGAUUGAGACCAUUUUGAGUUCCACCCAUCCCUGUGAGCAAUUGGUCAUCGUUCUUUCAAAUGUUUUAGUCCGUGCAACCAAAAUAUUACACAGCCCUCGAACACAGUUGUAUAGAAAACGUUCACU